CUCGAGGCGUUCGCGACUCGUGUCCUUUGAUUGCUUCCGCUUGCGCUACCUUUCUUCUUUUUCUCCUCCGAGAAACAACACUUUAGCAGGCGGUAGAUAACUGCUCCAGAGUGUAUGGGGGAUUGGUCAUAAUGGCUCCAGGAGGUGGUGGAAAUAUCAAGGUGGUGGUGAGAGUACGGCCGUUUAAUAGCAGAGAAAACGAUAGAGGGGCACAAUGUAUCGUUCAGAUGAAAGAAAACCAGACCGUACUCAUCCCGCCACCGGGUGCCGUUGAUAAACUACGAAAAGCUGGUGGUGGGAAGGGUGCCGUAGAGGGACCAAAGACAUUCGCCUUUGACCGAUCGUAUUGGUCUUUCGAUAAAAAUGCCCCAAAUUAUGCGGGUCAGGACAAUCUCUUCGAUGACUUAGGCAUACCACUUCUAGAUAAUGCUUUUCAGGGUUACAAUAAUUGCAUUUUCGCGUACGGUCAGACUGGUUCUGGAAAGUCCUAUUCUAUGAUGGGAUACGGCAAAGAAUACGGUGUAAUCCCUAGGAUUUGCCAGUCCAUGUUCGAGCGCAUUACUGAGAUUCAACAAGACAAGAAUCUCGGCUGCACAGUGGAAGUUUCCUAUUUGGAGAUCUACAACGAAAGAGUUCGCGACCUUCUCAACCCGUCGAACAAAGGAAAUCUCAAAGUGCGUGAGCAUCCGUCGACUGGCCCCUAUGUCGAAGACCUUGCCAAGCUGGCAGUACGCUCGUUUGAAGAGAUCGAGAACUUGAUGGACGAAGGUAACAAAGCCAGAACUGUCGCCGCCACGAAUAUGAACGAAACGUCUAGUCGAUCCCAUGCGGUUUUCACGCUUACCCUUACACAAAAACGCCAUGAUGCGGAGACAUCGAUGGAUACGGAGAAAGUGUCGAGGAUUAGUUUAGUCGACCUCGCAGGAUCAGAAAGAGCAACAUCUACCGGAGCAACUGGUGCUCGGUUGAAGGAGGGCGCGGAGAUCAAUCGUUCACUUUCAACACUUGGACGCGUGAUUGCUGCACUCGCAGACGUAGCUUCUGGCAAAAAGAAAAACGCCUCUAUGGUUCCUUACCGUGAUUCCGUCCUCACAUGGCUGCUGAAGGACUCCUUAGGAGGCAACUCCAUGACGGCUAUGAUUGCCGCAAUUUCACCGGCAGAUAUCAAUUUUGAAGAGACACUCAGUACCCUACGAUAUGCCGACUCCGCCAAACGAAUUAAGAACCAUGCUGUUGUAAAUGAAGAUCCAAAUGCGCGGAUGAUCAGAGAGUUGAAGGAAGAGCUGGCACAACUUAGGGCCAAACUUGGAGGUGGUGUAGCCCCGGGGGCGGCCGGCGGCGCGGCGGCAGCAACAGCCGGCGGAGUACCCCCUGAGGAGUAUUAUCCUCCAGAUACACCCUUGGAGAAGCAAGUUGUCUCUAUCCAGAAACCCGAUGGGUCUGUCACCAAAGUUAGCAAAGCAGAGAUCGUUGAGCAGCUUAAUCAAAGCGAAAAGCUCUACAAAGACCUGAAUCAAACUUGGGAAGAAAAGUUGGUAAAAACCGAACAGAUUCACAAAGAACGCGAGGCUGCUUUGGAAGAGCUAGGUAUCAGUAUCGAAAAGGGGUUUAUUGGCUUAAGUACACCAAAGAAGAUGCCUCACUUGGUCAAUCUUAGCGAUGAUCCACUGCUUGCUGAGUGCCUCGUCUAUAAUAUCAAACCAGGAACUACCAUGGUUGGAAACAUGGAUCAAGGGAGUCAUGUGGAGAUCCGGUUGAACGGUUCUAAAAUUCUCGCUAACCAUUGUAAAUUUGAAAAUGUGGAUAACGUCGUUACUAUUGUACCAGGCGAAGGUGCCGCGGUUAUGGUGAAUGGCCUUCGCAUUGACAAGCCUAAACGAUUGAAAAGUGGAUUCCGAGUUAUCCUAGGUGACUUCCAUAUAUUUCGUUUCAACCACCCUCAAGAAGCGCGUGCUGAGAGGGUAGAGCAGAGUUUGCUCCGUCACUCUGUCACCACAAGUCAGCUUGGCUCACCUGCCCCGAGUAAAACUCACGAUCGAACAUUGAGCAAGGGAGGCUCAGAAGUUGACGGCGAUUCCAGUAGAGCUGAUUCUCCCAUGCCCUCACAGCGCGGGCGUGAAUCGGAAUGGCUUCAUGCUCGUCGAGAAGCCGUCAGUGCUGUGUUAGGUCCGGAUCACAUAUCUCAUAUGCCGGAUGAUGAGUUGGAUGCCCUUUUCGAGGAUGUGCAAAAAGUACGGGCAACACGCCGUGCGCUAGUUGAGCACGAAGAGGAUUCCGAUUCUCUUAGUUCAUUUCCGGUUCGGGAUAAAUACAUGUCGAAUGGCACCAUCGACAACUUUUCUCUUGACACUGCCAUAACGAUGCCUGGAACCCCUCGUCCUGCGGACGAGGAUGAGGGCCAAAACGGAGGGGAUACGGCGUUACAGUCCGUACGUCAGGACAUGCAACGUCAGUUAGACCAGCAAAAGGAAGCGUACCAAGAGAAACUAAGAAAUGCCGAAGUGUCCUCUGGUCAAGGCGUUGAAGAUAUUCGGUCCGAAAAGGCACGGAUGGAAGAAGCUCUUCGCGCAGCGAAAGAGGAAUUUGAAGAGCAACUAAGGAAACAAAAGGAGGCUUUUGAGUCUCACAUAAAGGACAUGGGCCAACCGCUUCCGAAAAUAUAUGAAAAUGGUUUUGCAAAGUUGGAUCCAAGGGAACUCGAGAUUGCAAGAGAUGUCUUUCUCCAUUGGUCGCAGCAGAACUACGUUCGUAUGGCGGAGAGAGUCUUGCAGCAUGCUUCCUUGUUGAAGGAGGCCCAAGUAAUGAGCCAUAUCAUGGAUAAGAAUAUUGUCUUCCAAUUUGCGGUCAUUGAUCAUGGGCAUAACAUGGCGUCAUCCUAUGAUCUCGUUCUGAACGGGAUUUCAGGGGACGAAGAUAUUGUGCUCGACGAGGCUAAAAAGCCUUGCAUUGCAAUCCGUGUGAUCGACUUUAAACAAUGCGUUAUCCAUCUCUGGUCUAUCGAGAAACUUCAACGCCGCCUUCAAGCUAUGCGCCAGCUACACCAGUAUAUUGACCGCCCGGACUACAUACAACACUUCAAGCUUGAAAAUCCUUUCUCUGAACCUUGUUCUCCGCAGUAUUCUCUGGUGGGCGACGCCGAUAUUCCGCUCACAGCAGUCUUUGAGACUCGCGUCCAAGACUUUUCGGUUGAAGUUAUUUCACCUUAUACCCAGAAUGUUAUCGGUAUAAUAAGAUUGUCCCUUGAACCGUCUUCAGCUCAAGCGCCCUCGUCAACUCUCAAAUUCAACGUUGUCAUGCGUGAUAUGGUAGGGUUCGCUGAAUGGGAAGGAACUGAUGUUCAUGCGCAACUUUUCGUACCGGGCAUAUCUGAGGAAGGGGGCGCAACAACGACCCAAAUGAUAAAUGGUUUUGAUGAAUCCCCAGUUCGGUUUGAAAGCGUCCACAGCAUGAGUUUACCGCUUUCUAGCCCGCGUUCGGCAGCCUUGAAAGUUUGCGUUUACGCGCGUGUAACUCAGAUGCACCUUGACAAACUUCUCAGUUGGGAUGAUAUGCGAGACUCAGCAGAGCCGCCCCCACAGAAACGCAAGACCCCUCGUAUUCCGGAGUCAGAGUUUUAUUCGGAGGAGAGACAUGACGUAUUUGCGAGGACUCAGUUGCUUGAGUUGGCUGAAACAGGCGAUUACCUCCCUGUGGAAGUAGUACAGAGUAAUAAUCUUGAUGCAGGCACAUACCAGCUCCAUCAAGGCCUCCAACGUCGGAUCAUGAUUAACCUUACUUACAGUUCAACCGAGAGCCUACCCUGGGAUGACCUUAUCAAUAUUCGUGUGGGCUCUGUGCGGUUGCUUGAUCCGUGGGGCAAGAUUCCUGACCAGGAUCUUCAGACUCCCGACGUUCCGUUGAAAUUCGUGCAAGAGCCAGUACGGAAAGACAAUGCAGAUGGAACAUCCAAUGUCACUAUCAUUGGCCAAUGGGACUCCAGCUUGCAUGGCUCUCUUCUCCUAGACCGGGUUACUGCGGAUAAGUAUCGUGUACAGGUGACUGUUAGGUGGGAACUUAUCUCGUCACGGCUACAGGACAGUGUUCCGUUCGAGAUGGAUCUGACCCUUCAGAUCCAAGGCCGCACAUAUGUGCGUCCCCAGUCCAUGUUCAAACAGUUUUUCAACUCGACUCGAAUCGUGCAUUCAACGGUCCGCAUGUUUUCAUUAGCUGUUCGACCCGUCUCCGCAAAGCGAGCGGCUGAUCUGUGGCGCAUGAACACGCAAAAUGAUUAUGUGAAGGGAGAGGAGCUCUUGACGACUUGGUCUCCACGGAAAGUCUCGCUUGUGCGGGACUACGUGGCGGCCCGCAAGCGAAGGCGUCGGAUUGCCGAGCUGAACGCCGCCAAAGGGGCCCUCAGUGCCCACUGUCUUGCACCGUCAACCCCGCGGAGCGGGAGGUCGACUCCUCUUCGGAAACUGGAGCUUACCGAUCGCAAGACCAAACUUCUCCAAAAGUACGUUGAACUUUGGGCCACAAAAACUGAUCCCAUCGAGACCAUCCUUGUCCGAAGCAAUACAGAACCCCCUGCAGGAGGGGCAGCUUUCGCCUCUCGCGCCAGGCAAACAUCUUCGGGUGACGAUUCGAGUUCUGUCUCUGAAGAGGUGCCGCUCAAGCCACGAUUCGUUGCGACUAUCCAGACCCUUCCUAAGAAUACAUCUUCCUUGAAAUCCGGAUAUCUGCUGACGCCCGACGACGCCUACAGUCAUUGGGUGCGGCGUUUUGUUGAGCUUCGUCGCCCAUAUCUUCAUAUUUAUUCCGCUGAAGGGGAUGAGAUAAAUGCUAUUAACCUGCGCAAUUCGCGGGUCGACCAUGCACCUGAUUUUGCGCGGUUGCUUGAUGGUCCAGGUGGGGGAGCUGACCAAGGCGCGUCGCCCAAGGGCCGUCCCAACGUAUUCGCGGUAUAUGGGUCUCAGAACACCUUCCUCUUCGCUGCCCGGACCGAGGCUCAAAAGGUCGAAUGGAUUCUGAAGAUUGAUGAAAGUUACUUCAGCAACAAUGCACCCAAGGCGGUGGGUAACCGCUCUAGAUGAUAAACGUCGCCUUUGUAUUCAUAUGAUGUCUUGACACGUUGGACGAUCUCUGCGGC